AGAUAAAAAUGAGGCGAAAAAGCUUCUAAGCGGUAUUUUCAUCAUCGCUCUAUCUUAUCGCGUUGUUUUUUUGGAUUGUGAAUAAAAGCAAACCGCGAUCCCACUCCCGAUCGUCAUUAACUGAAGAAUGCUGCACUUGAGGAGUGUGAUUGGGCUCUUUUGCCUUGCACUUUUGUGCAUUGGCUCAGAGGGCAGUAAUUCGAAUGUGAUUAAUUGGAAGAAGUACAAUUUGAUCGACGAUGACACCACCAGUGAACUCGUUUUGGCAUUCAAGCAGGACAAGAAAGCUGAGGAAAGGGCUUUAAAACCAUUAUCUGUUCGCCUCGGCACCACAUUACCUAAGCCUCUGCGUGAGAAAAGGUCCAAGCCUGUGUUGACCAUCGCCGGUUUUUCGUUUUAUUACGAUAGGCAAGCGAGACUCGACAUUGAGCAUCCUUUCCCUGAGUGCACUCGCUUGACUUGGACCACUACUGCGUUCAAUGAAAUCAGGGACUGCAUUAGCUACGGUAGCGCUGAUUGGUUCGGUGGCCCUGAACAAUACGAACAGUUGUGGCCAGUCCAGAAAUUAAAUAAGACCAACUACCCUUUCAUUACCAAGAGUGCCGAUAACAUGGCAGUGGCCGACCGCUACUGGCUCUCUUCCGAGGGCUCGUACAUUUACGUGGACCCAAGUAUUCCGCUCUUCAUCGACUCCAACUCCGCUGAUAACCCGAAUCAGUUGUGCUUCAUUUCAAGAUCUGAGAGUCCUUACUACGACAUCACAGAGCUUAUCUUGAGGUACACAAUUUGCACUUUUGAUGACGUGAAGACUGCCCAAGCACACGCCGUCAAGAACUAUCUCGGCCAUGCCUCUUCCUUGCCCGACGAGCUGAUGUUCAGACACCCUAUUUGGUCCACGUGGGCGCGCUACAAGAAAGACAUCAACGAAAGCACGGUGAUGCAGUUCGCUCAGGAAAUUCUGGACAAUGGCUUCAACAACAGCCAGCUUGAGAUUGACGACGACUGGGAAACGUGUUACGGUGAGCUUCAAUUCAACUCGGCCAAAUUCCCUAAUCCCAAGGGUAUGGUGGACGCUCUACACCAGUUGGGCUUCAGAGUCACCCUCUGGGUGCAUCCCUUCAUCAACAGCAACUGCCCCCUUUACAACACCGCUCUGCAGCAGGGAUAUUUUGUCAGGAAUUUGCAGAAUGAAGUCAAAGUCGAGUGGUGGAAUGGAAAAGACGCUGCCAUUAUCGACGUUACGAACCCUGCAGCCCGCACUUGGUGGGCAAAUCGGCUGAUCAGUCUGAAAAACCAAAUUGGCCUGGACGGCUACAAAUUUGACGCCGGCGAGGCACUCGGAUUUUUGCCUCAGCUACCAUUUUUGCGAAAUAUCAACACUCAAUCUGAUUAUUCCCUUGCCUAUUCAAACUUCGUCAAUGGGAUAAUCAAUGAUAUUGGAUCCGCGGUUGAGAUCAGGUCUACCUACAGCAACCAGGGUGCGCCCAUCUUUCUCCGCAUGAUUGACAAAGACAGUCGCUGGGGCCUGAACAACGGCCUCCGCUCAGUGGUCACCACCUUAUUGCAGAUGAAUGUCGUUGGCUACCCAAUGGUCCUUGCAGACAUGAUUGGCGGAAACGGCUACGGCUCGGAUCAAAUCACACCUGAACUGUUCAUCAGAUGGCUCCAGGCCUCAACCUUCAUGCCCUCACUGCAGUUUUCCUACGUCCCAUGGCAAUUUAAUGACCCCUCCGUUGUUGAAAUUUCUAAGAAAUUUGUUGAUCUUCACUACAAUUACUCGGAAUUAAUUCUUCAGCUGGCUAACGAUGCUACAACUGGUAGCGGUUUGCCGAUCAACAGACCAAUUUGCUUUGCACUCCCAAACGGAGUUGUUGACGGCAAUGCUUCGUAUGUUGAUGAUGAAUUUAUGUUAGGAAACAACAUCUUAGUCGCUCCAGUCAUGGACCCAAACGCAACUUCAAGGACAAUUUAUUUGCCGGAAGGAUUUUGGACAGAUAUGAACACAGGCUUCAUGAUAAAUGGCCCAAUUACGAUAGUUGACUAUCCAGCACCUUUGGACACCCUACCUUACUUCCGCAAGGAGAACAUUGUCAAUUCUUCCUCCAACUUAAGUCCGACUCUGAUUUUACUACUCGCCUCCGCCUUGAUUUCCUCCUUGUAUUUUAAAUAAAAAAAGGUUUCAUUCCCUUUUAUACUGUAAAGGAAAAGGGAAACUUUAUUGAAA